AUGUUACGCCAUCUGCCUUCCGUGCUUCAAAGGAAGUUUAAAGUUGUUCUUUUCUUUCUUCUCCUUUUGGCUCUCCUGAUACACAUGGUCUUGGAUUUAGCAUUUUCUUCUGGCCGUGGUUCCUGUGGCUGUAGCCCCAAAAUAGCAGAUCCCAUGGGCCUCCUGCCAGCCGAUCCCAGUGCUGCAGUCCAGAAUAAGCUGAACCUGAGGAUUCUGCAGGACUUUAGCGGUAGUAAUGGCUCCCUAGAAAAAGGCUCUCGCUUGCUGGGGGGUACACCUUAUCCAGGUGACAGGAGCAACAUGGAUCACCAAGGUCACAGCUUCAAGCAUCAAGAAGCCGAAGAAAAAAUAGUAUGGGCAGACAGGUCCAAGCUUGCUGCUCUCUUUGAUCAUCCUCUCUAUAAGAUUCCAACACCAGCUGUUAUGGCAAAAGACAAGCUGUUUGUUACCAACGCCAAGAUUAAGUUCCAACUGAAAAGCAGUAGGAGUGAUGAAUGGGUCAGUGGCAGUAUGGCAGUCAUGGCCCGUCUAACAGAGCAAAUGGCAAAGGAUCCCUACCCUCCUUGGCUCCGGUUUAACACAGGCAUCAACCGCUAUGAACUAUAUGGCCGCCAUGACCCCGCCCGUCAUGCCUUGCUGGAGGAUUUGGCCACACAGGAAAUUGUCAGUUCAGUCCAGAAGCCUGGAGGGACCCAACUGAAGAUAAUCAUGACCUUUCCCAACAAAGGCAAGGCCCUCUUCAAACCCAUGAAGCAGACUCGAGACCAGGAGACUCCAGCAGACUUCUUUUAUUUCUCAGACUUUGAACGUCAUAAUGCAGAAAUAGCAGCCUUUCACCUGGACAGGAUCCUGGACUUCCGAAGAAUCCCUCCAGUUUCUGGCCGUUUGGUGAAUAUAGCCAAGGACAUCCGUGACAUCACAUCCGACCAGAAACUAUUUAAAACUUUCUUCAUCUCCCCAGCUGGAAACGUGUGCUUCUAUGGCGUAUGCUCCUACUAUUGCUCCACUGAGCAUGCCUUGUGUGGCAAACCAGACCUGCUUGAGGGAUCCAUGGCAGCUCUCCUGCCUGGUGAGAAACUGGCUAAGCGGCGUUCAUGGAGAAGUCCCUGGAGGCGUUCUUACUCCAAAACCAAGAAAGCUGAGUGGGAGCUGAACCAAAAUUACUGCAUUCAGGUACGACAGACACCACCAUAUGACCAGACUUCCCGUCUUCUCAACCUCAUUGACAUGACUGUACUUGACUUCCUGAUGGGGAACAUGGAUCGCCACCACUAUGAGACCUUUGAAAAGUUUGGUAAUGACACCUUUCUGCUUCAUCUGGACAAUGGCCGAGGGUUUGGGAGACACUCCCAUGAUGAAUUGUCCAUCCUGGCUCCUCUCCAGCAGUGUUGCAUUAUCAAAAAGUCAACAUUCUUGCGGCUGCAGCUGCUUGCCACCGAGCCGUACCGCCUGAGCGAUGUCAUGCGCGAGUCGUUAGCCGCUGACCACCUGUCACCAGUCUUGUCUGAGCCCCACCUGAGAGCACUGGACCGCCGGCUCCAAAAAGUGUUGGCCGUGGUGAAGAGCUGUCUGACGAAUGGAGAGGAGAGAGUAGUGCUGUUAGAUGACCAAGGAGGACAACAGGCUGCGACCUCGGAGCAAGAAAAAGAGACGAGUAGUGCAGCGUGA